AUGGACUCCUCACCAUCCAAGAUGUUGUUUGGAAGCAAGCUCGAGCUGGAGAUAUAUCCGCCGUGGAAGGACCACUAUAUCAACUACCUCAGGUUGAAGAAGCUCUUGAAGGAAGGGGUGAUUCUCCAAGACGCCUGGUCGGAAAAGGACGAGAAGGACUUUGUCAGUGCUUUGGAUUCCGAUUUGGAGAAGGUGUACUCGUUCCAGGCGAACAAGUAUGACGAAUUGAACGAGUACCUUGAUGAUCUCCAGAAGGCUACUGAAUCGCCUACUGCCAGCUUUGACGUUCAGUCUUUCAGCAGCAAGUUGGAGUCGAUUUUGAACUUGGCUCAGGAAUUGAACCGUUUCCAGAGAUUGAACUAUACGGGGUUCAUCAAGAUUGUCAAAAAGCAUGACCGCUUGCACUCCAAGUACUCUGUGAAGCCCAUGUUGAACGUGCGCUUGAAGCUGUUGCCUUUCCACUCUGAGGACUACCUGCCACUUUUAUUCAAGAUCCUGGCUUUGUUCCAGUUCUUGCGUGAUAACUAUGACGUGGACCAGUCGCUUUCGAAAUUGAGCUCGUUUAACGACGAUUCGGCUGCUGCUGAUUACAACUCAUACAAGUUCUGGGUCCACCCAGAUAACUUGAUGGAAGUCAAGGCUAUCAUCUUGCGUCAUCUUCCUGUUCUCGUUUACAACAACAAGAACAGCGAAAGUGCUUACAACUAUGGCGACGACGAUGACGAUGAUGAUGACGAUGACGACGAUGACGGAUUCAGAUUCUCCAGAAACGACCCAACCAUCAAUUGCUUGUACUUUGACAACGAAAACUUUGAUUUGUACAAUAACAAGUUAGUGAAGAGCCCUAAUGCUAAUACGCUUAGAAUCAAGUGGGUCGGCAAGUUGAGCAACAAGCCACAAAUCUCGUUGGAAAAGAAGAGUUUCGAGAAGAGCCUGGAAACUUAUGAUGUUGAUGAGAAGAUCAACCUUAAGGAGAAGCACUUGGACGGUUUCAUCCAGGGUGACUUUGACAAGCAAAAGUACUUGCGCAAGCUUAGAAGAAAGGGUGACUCGCCAGAACUCGUUGAGGAACUCGAAAAACACAUUGACUCCUUGUCUAAUUUCAUCAAGGACAACCACGUCCAACCAUGUCUUCGAACUCAAUAUAAGCGUACUGCUUUCCAGAUUCCUGGUGACGAUAAAGUGCGUGUUGUCAUUGAUUCCGACAUUUACUUCAUUAGAGAGGAUGCCUUUGACCAGCAGAGACCAAUUAGAGAUCCUACCAAGUGGCACAGAACUGAUAUUGACUCUAAGGUCAACAACCCCAUGUCCCUCUUGAGAAAGGGCGAGUUUGUCAGAUUCCCUUACGCGGAGUUGGAAAUCAAGAUCAAGAACAAGAAGAAGGGAAGAAGACUUGUUUGGGUUGACGACUUGGUCCACUCGCAUUUGAUCAAGGAGAUCCCUAACUUCUCUAAAUUCAUCCAUGGUAUUGCUUCUUUGUUCUUGGAAGACGAUAAGCUCGAUAACAUUCCAUUCUGGUUCAACGAAUUGGAAUCAGACUUGAAGCUUGACCCUCAACAAGCGUACAACGAUACUAGAGAAAAGUUGGCCAAAUUGCAGAAUGAUGAGGAUAAUUUGAGAAAGUUUAAGUCCAUGUUGGCCAAUUCCAGCUCGCCAGAUAUUUCCGCUAGAUCAAAGUCCUUCUCUGGUUCGCUUUUGGGGAGUGGCGAACUCGAAGAACCAAAAUCGUUUGGCGACUCCGUGGAAGGAACAUCUCAAAAAUCGGCCGGCUUACCUUCAGUUGCCGAGAAUGCCGUUGUUGAGCCAGACCAUGCUCCAGUUUCUGGAGGUGACUUGGAUCAAUCCUCAGACGACGACUACGACGAAGACGAGCAGCGCAAGACUCCAAUCCAGAAACUCUUGAAGUUGCCUAAUACUUUCUCCAAGUUGCUUGAUGUCGACUCUGAAGAAGAAGAGAUUGACUUGCCUGCUGGUGUCGUCAAGCCGGACCAGUACAUCAAGAACGCCGGUCCAUUGAAGAUUGAACCAAAGGUCUGGUUGGCUAACGAGCGUACCUUCAACAGAUGGCUCCAUGUGACCACUUUAUUGUCGACCUUGACUUUCAUCAUCUACUCUUCCACCAGCAGAGCAAACUCCAGUCUGUUGGCUGAGUACCUUGCCUACAUUUACUUUGGCUUGACCAUCUUUUCAGGUAUCUGGGGCUACUACAUCUUCAUGCAAAGAAGAAACAUCAUCAUGGAAAGAUCAUCCAGACACUUGGAUAAUGUCAUUGGACCAUUGGUGGUGGCAUUGGGUCUUAUCAUUGGCCUUGUCAUCAACUUUGUCUAUGGUUUCCGUGCUAUUGCACUGCAGAGGGCUAAUGGGUUCACUGCGGCUGGCUUGACUGACGACUUCUACGAGAACAACCCCUUGCAGAAGAAAAUCCUCGACUAUGUUUUCUACAUUGUCGGAGCAUAA